AGAGCUGGGGGCGGGGUCUGGUGCCAGCGGCUGCAGCGGCCAGGCUGGGUCCGAGCAUCCCGCGGCUUCGGACCCGCCCGGCCCGGACAUGGCGAGCGUCCGGGCCUCCCCGCGAGGCGCGCUGCUGCUUCUUCUGGCCGCGGCGAGGGUUGCGGAGGUGGCGGGGGGCCUGGCCCCAGGCAGCGCGGGUGCUGUAUGUUGUAAUCAUUCAAAGGAUAACCAAAUGUGCCGUGAUGUCUGUGAACAGAUUUUCUCCUCAAAAAGUGAAUCCCGACUGAAACACCUGCUGCAGAGAGCCCCAGAUUACUGCCCAGAAGCGAUGGUUGAAAUUUGGAGUUGUAUGAAUUCAUCUUUGCCAGGUGUGUUUAAGAAGUCCGAUGGCUGGGUUGGCUUAGGCUGCUGUGAACUGGCUAUUGGCUUGGAGUGUCGACAGGCAUGUAAGCAGGCAUCUUCAAAGAAUGAUAUUUCCAAAGUUUGCAGAAAAGAAUAUGAGAAUGCUCUUUUCAGUUGCAUUAGCAGAAAUGAAAUGGGCUCGGUAUGCUGCAGUUACGCAGGUCAUCACACAAACUGCCGAGAAUUCUGUCAAGCCAUUUUUCGAACCGACUCUUCUCCUGGUCCAUCUCAGAUCAAAGCAGUGGAAAAUUAUUGCGCCUCUAUUAGUCCACAGUUGAUACACUGUGUGAACAAUUACACCCAGUCUUAUCCCAUGAGGAACCCAACAGAUAGUUUAUAUUGCUGUGACAGAGCUGAAGACCACGCUUGCCAAAAUGCCUGCAAGAGAAUCCUCAUGUCUAAGAAAACAGAAAUGGAGAUUGUUGAUGGUCUCAUCGAGGGUUGUAAGACCCAACCCUUGCCUCAAGAUCCUCUUUGGCAGUGUUUUCUCGAAAGCUCACAGUCGGUUCACCCUGGAGUCACAGUACACCCUCCUCCCUCAACUGGCCUUGAUGGGGCUAAAUUGCAUUGUUGCUCUAAAGCAAACACUUCAACAUGUAGGGAACUGUGCAUGAAACUUUAUAGCAUGAGCUGGGGAAACACACAGAGUUGGCAAGAGUUUGACCGCAUCUGUGAAUAUAAUCCAGUGGAGGUGUCCAUGUUGACAUGUCUAGCUGAUGUCCGGGAACCUUGCCAGUUGGGCUGUAGAAACCUCACUUACUGUACAAACUUUAACAACAGGCCAACGGAACUUUUCAGGAGCUGUAACGCUCAGUCUGAUCAGGGAGCCAUGAAUGACAUGAAGCUGUGGGAGAAAGGAAGCAUCAAGAUGCCCUUCACCAGCAUCCCUGUCCUCGAUAUUAAAAAGUGCCAGCCAGAAGUGUGGAAAGCAAUCGCCUGCUCGCUGCAGAUUAAGCCUUGCCAUAGUAAAUCCCGAGGAAGCAUCAUCUGCAAGUCAGAUUGUGUAGAGAUUCUCAAGACAUGUGGAGACCAGAACAGAUUCCCUGAAGACCACACGGCUGAAAGUAUUUGUGAGUUCCUGUCCCCUGCAGAUGACCUGGAGAACUGUAUACCUCUGGACACAUACCUCAGGCCAAGUACUUUAGAUAGCAUCAUAGAAGAAGUGACUCAUCCCUGUAACCCGAAUCCUUGCCCAGCCAAUGAGCUCUGUGAAGUGAACCGGAAAGGGUGUCCAUCUGGAGACCCCUGCCUUCCAUAUUCUUGUGUUCAAGGCUGCAAGUUGGGAGAAGCUUCUGACUUCAUUGUCCGUCAGGGAACACUGAUCCAGGUGCCAUCCUCUGCAGGGGAAGUUGGCUGUUACAAGAUCUGUUCCUGUGGACAAAGUGGCCUCUUGGAAAACUGUAUGGAGAUGCACUGUAUCGACCUCCAGAAGUCUUGUAUUGUUGGAGGAAAAAGAAAAAGUCAUGGAACAUCCUUCAAUAUUGACUGCAAUGUCUGUUCUUGUUUUGCUGGCAAUUUAGUGUGCUCCACCCGUCUCUGCCUCAGUGAGCACAGCUCAGACGAUGACCGCCGCACCUUCACAGGUCUGCCCUGUAACUGUGCAGAUCAGUUUGUCCCAGUGUGUGCACAGAAUGGACGCACUUACCCCAGUGCCUGCAUCGCCCGCUGUGUGGGUCUCCAAGACCAUCAGUUUGAGUUUGGGCCUUGUAUCUCCAAGGAUCCCUGUAAUCCUAACCUCUGCCCCAAAAGCCAAAGAUGUGUGCCAAGACCACAGGUUUGCCUGACAACUUUUGAUAAAUUUGGAUGUAGCCAGUAUGAGUGUGUGCACAGACAGCUCACCUGUGAGCAGGUCCGAGACCCUGUGUGUGAUACAGACCACAUGGAGCACAGCAACCUCUGCACUUUGUACCAAAGAGGAAAAAGCCUCUCUUACAGAGGCCCCUGCCAGCCCUUCUGCAGAGCCACGGAGCCUGUUUGUGGCCACAAUGGUGAGACCUACAGCAGUGUGUGUGCUGCGUACUCGGAUCGUGUGGCAGUUGAUUACUAUGGACCCUGCCAGGCUGUCGGGGUCCUCUCUGAACACAGUGCUGUGGCAGAGUGUGCUGCUGUGAAGUGUCCUUCACUCUCAGCCAUUGGCUGCAAACCCGUCAUUCCACCUGGUGCGUGUUGCCCAUUAUGUGCUGGGAUGUUACGGGUUUUAUUUGACAAAGAAAAACUGGACACUAUUGCUAAGGUGACAAACAAGAAGCCAAUAACAGUUCUGGAGAUUCUGCAGAAGAUCCGCAUGCACGUGUCUGUCCCACAGUGUGAUGUGUUUGGAUACUUGAGCAUCGAGUCGGAAAUUGUGAUCCUGAUUAUUCCUGUUGACCAUUAUCCAAAAGCUUUGCAGAUUGAGGCCUGCAAUAAGGAAGCAGAGAAAAUUGAGUCCCUCAUCAACUCAGACAGUCCCACUCUGGCAUCCCACGUCCCUCUCUCUGCCCUCAUUAUUUCCCAGGUACAGGUCUCCAGAAGCCUCCCAUCCUCUGCCAUUGAGGACAGGCCUCCCUGCCACUCCCUGCUCCUCUUCAGCCUGGGUCUCACCAUGCACUUGCUCUGGACUCGUCCCUGACUGCCCACAAAAACUGCAAAUCAUUCCUCGACUCGGCCAUCCCACCUUGUGAAAGACAUUCAAGACUGCUAGCUGAGCAAAAGCACAUGUCACCUCUCAGCACCACAGUAUUUUUUAAUUUUCCAAUACUAGGGGUUUUGCCUUGAUUUUAAAACGAUAAACUAGGCUCUCCCAGUGUAAUGGAGAUCACUUGCUGGUGGGUCGCAGGGCCACAAUUUGCAUUUUGCUCAGUAGGUAAGUCCCCUUCUCCAAAGCGAACUUACUGUCACUAAUCAAAGAGAGACGAUCACUUUAUAGGAGAGGCCCUCUGCUGUUGGGUUUGUAUCCUAGUAGUUUCAGAGUUCCUGUAAGCGUUGAGGCUGCCACUGUGCAGGUUUCUGUGUCUAGAAGCUAAGGGCUCAGUGCAAGGCCACUGCUGUGCCAGCAUAGAGGGAGAGGAAGCUUUCAAAUGAUCACAGGCAGACUCCAUAGACAUUUAAGGCAGGACUCUAACGGACCUGUCUUGCAAGUGGUCCUUUCAGUCUUUGCCGGUUGGUGCCUGUGAAUGGGGGCAGUCCCACUGCAUCCAAGCGUCUUGUGUCCUGCAGUUUUAUAUUAGCCAGAUAUGCUGGUCAGUACUCAUCAGUUCAGAGAGUUUAACUAUCAGACUUUAAACCAAUUGCUGCUACUAUAUAAUUGCCAAAAAGUAAGAUAAUUAGUUCAUGUAAAUAGUACAUGAUUUUUUAAUUUUAUUAUGAAGGUGAAUAGCCAUAUUUGUAAAAUGACAAUCAUAUAUGUUAGCCCUGUACUUUCCGUUCAUGAAGACACAUUUGCUUUUGUGAUGUGCACAGUGUGGAUAAGUGUCUGUCUGACUUCUUUUUAUAUAUAAUUAUAAAGACUGUGGUUUAUAUAUUUAAAAUGUCAGGCUAAGUAUUAAAAUGUUUGCAUGUUGUCUAAGAAAUUGGAUGCUUUGAAUGUUUCACAGUUUGAAAUAAGCUAUUAAUGUAAUACUUCUUGUUUGUAUGCACCUGAACUUAGAUUUUACAUGAAGUAUUAUUUCAGUGUUACUUGUACCCUCUGAAAUACAGCAAUAUGCUUAUUAUACCAAAAUGUUGUUGAAAAGUGGGCACUUAGAGCUUUCAGAGGAUUUCAGUGCUGAUGUUAAUGUAGCCUCUGUUUCUGUCUAAAUGUCUUCAACAUACUAGCUAUAUUGUAUAUAUAUAUAUUCUAUAUGUAGUAUACCACAAUAUGCUAUAUAUAUGUCUAUAUAUAGUAUACAUCAAUAUACUAGAAAGCUUUUCUAUUUUAAUAAAAGUAAUUUUAUAUGA